CCCAGCUCCAGCGCGGCUAUGGCGGCCACGGGCUUCAUCCGAGCGGCUGAGUGGCGGCGCCGGGCCCUGUGGGGACUGCAAGGCCCAAAAUGGAUUUGGACACCAAGAGCUACGAAAUUCACUUCUGCAACAGGACAAAGCACAAUUGAGAAGAUCCUUAUUGCAAAUCGUGGUGAAAUUGCAUGCAGGGUUAUGCGGACUGCCAGGAAGCUGGGGGUGAAAUCUGUGGCAGUUUACAGCGAUGCAGACAGGAACGCGAUGCAUGUUGCAAUGGCAGAUGAAGCACAUGCCAUUGGCCCUGCACCUUCUCAGCAGAGCUACUUGGCCAUGGAGAAGAUAAUGCAGGUGGCCAAAAAGUCAGCUGCACAGGCUAUUCAUCCGGGCUAUGGCUUCCUGUCUGAAAACACAGAAUUUGCAGAACUCUGCAGUCGAGAAGGAAUCAUCUUUAUAGGCCCUCCUUCAUCUGCCAUUAGAGAUAUGGGCAUUAAGAGCACUUCCAAGGCCAUAAUGUCUGCUGCUGGGGUCCCUGUUGUGGAAGGUUACCACGGGGAAGAUCAGUCCGACGGUUGCUUGAAGGAGCAUGCCAGAAGAAUAGGGUAUCCAGUCAUGAUCAAAGCCGUUCGCGGUGGUGGAGGAAAGGGCAUGAGAAUCGCUUUCUCAGAAAAAGAGUUUCAGGAGCAAUUAGAAUCAGCCCGAAGAGAAGCAAAGAAGUCUUUCAAUGAUGAUGCUGUGUUGAUAGAGAAAUUUGUUGAUAAUCCAAGGCAUGUAGAAGUUCAGGUGUUUGGAGAUCAGCAUGGCAAUGCUGUCUACCUGUUUGAAAGAGACUGCAGUGUACAGAGAAGACAUCAGAAAAUCAUAGAGGAAGCUCCAGGGCCAGGAAUUGAACUUGAAGUGAGAAGAAAACUUGGAGAGGCAGCUGUCAAAGCUGCCAAAGCUGUAAACUACUUUGGGGCAGGAACAGUAGAAUUUAUAAUGGAUAGUGAACACAACUUCUAUUUCAUGGAGAUGAAUACUCGGCUGCAAGUAGAGCACCCGGUUACUGAAAUGAUCACGGGGACUGACUUGGUAGAGUGGCAACUGAGGGUUGCUGCAGGAGAGAAGCUCCCUUUAACUCAGGAAGAGAUCUCGCUCAAGGGACAUGCAUUUGAAGCUCGGAUCUACGCUGAGGAUCCCAACAACAACUUUAUGCCAGGCGCUGGACCUUUAUUGCAUGUGUCUGUGCCGCCCGCCGACAACUGCACUCGGAUUGAAACCGGGGUAAGACAAGGAGAUGAGGUUUCCAUACACUAUGACCCAAUGAUUGCUAAAUUAGUUGUUUGGGGAGAGGAUCGUCAAGCGGCCUUAAGGAAAUUAAGGUACUGCCUUCAGCAAUAUAAUAUUGUAGGGCUAAGCACCAAUGUUGAUUUCUUAUUGAGCCUCUCGGGCCACCCAGAGUUUGAGGCUGGAAACGUUCACACCAAUUUCAUCCCACAACACUACGAUGAACUCUUCCCACCCAAGAAGGCCAUACCUAAAGAGGCCUUGUGUCAGGCUGCUUUUGGGCUCCUGCUGAGAGAGAAAAUGGCAACACAGGCUUUUAGAAUGCAGUCUGGAGAUAAGUUCUCACCAUUUGCAUCCAGCAGUGGCAGAAGAAUAAAUAUACCCUAUGUUAGAAACCUGAUUCUUCGAGAUGGUGAAAAUGAUGUGAACCUAAGUAUAAUCUACAAUCAUGAUGGGUCGUACCACAUGCAGAUCCAGGACCAGUCUUUCCAUGUUUGUGGAGGCCUUUCAAGCGAGGGCAACUCGGAUUACAUAAGAUGUUCAGUAAAUGGAAAUGUUCAUAAAUCCAAGCUGGUUAUUGUGGAGGAUGCCAUUUACCUCUUUACGCUGGAAGGCAGCGAGCAGAUUGGUCUCCCAGUACCAAAAUACUUAUCUGGAGUGAGUGCAGCUGGCGAUCAGGGUGGAGCUGUUGCCCCUAUGACGGGAACAAUAGAAAAGGUGUUUGUGAAAGCUGGGGAUAAAGUCCACGCUGGAGACCCACUCAUGGUUAUGAUAGCUAUGAAAAUGGAGCAUACUAUACGGGCUUCAAAAGCUGGGAUAAUAAAGAAGGUUCAUUUCCAGGAAGGAUCACAGGCCAACAGGCACGCUCCGCUGGUUGAGUUAGUGGAUGAAGACUCAGAAUCAAAAUAAUCCCCCGUGAAUCAAGGUGGUCCAUGUUGAUUUGAUUUUCUCCCCUCAUGAAAUCAUCUUCAUAUUUUUAUAUUUAUUGAACUGAUGCUAUAAAAGCAUUUUCCUGUGCACUCUUGGAUACGUUACCAUCAUAGCUUUGGUGAACUGCCUCAAAGUAUUGAGGUUUGCAGCUCUAGAAUGAAAGAUACGAACAAUAAAGAAGGCAUGGUUUGUACAACUGGUGUACAUAGCUUGAUUACUCAAUAGUUGAUGACUCAGCUAAAAGUAUAAACUACCCACUGUAAAAGCUUUGUUUGAGUUGGCAUUGGAGAACAGGAAAGGUUCUGUCUGUUACGAUUAAUCAAGGAUGGCUCAGUCACACUGCAAGUUGUUACCCGAGGCUACAUGCCCAUGAAUAAUGAACACAGAUGUGAGAACUAGCAUUUAUGUAUUUAAACAUUUCUAUGCUGCCUUUCCACCCAAAUAGGGUCCCCAGGAAGGUGAACAUUAAGGCAUUAAAACCACAUUUAAAAUAUAUUUUUAAAAACAUACUAUUUUUAAAUGAUUCUCGGAGACCAAAGAACAAAAUACCUUGCUAAAGUACUGGUCCUUGAAGGCUUGUGUUCAAAU